GUUCAGCCUGUCAGCAGGCCCCUCCUCCUCCUCCUCCUCCUCCUCCUCUCCUUCCUCUGCCUCUCUCUGUCUCUUCUUCACCUCCUCUCCUUCACUCCACUGAUCCUGAACUCUGAGGAUGGAGACGUCGGUGAAAGCAACUGAGGUGUUGGUGCCCCCCCAGCCCAAUGUGGCGUCCUCAGGCGAAGGCGAGGAGAAAGCUCCGCCCGCAGCCUGCGGCUCCUCCUCCGACUUCGUCGACCCCAUGAAGGAGUUCAGCAGACGGCUGGAGGACAUCAUCGGCAGCUACGGGUCCGCGGCCAGCGUCCUGGAGAAACAGAUUGUUGUGGAGGUAGAGACGGACAAGAUGAAGAAGGAGGCGAAAGAUGACGUUGCAGUUGCCAUGGAAACAGAAGUCUCUCUCAUCAUGCAGAGUCUGAACAAGCUCUCUUCUCCAGAGGAGAAACUGGAAGAUCUGGUCAGGAAAUAUGCUGAACUGGCAGCCUUGCGGCGCUCUGAUGAGAAGAGGCUGUGUGUCCUGCAGCAGAGGUUGUCCGUCCUGCUGGAUGAGCGGCAGCAGCUUCAGGCUGAGAGUCUCAGCAGCCUCACAGCUCGCAGUGAACUUGAGACUCUGUGCCGAGAGCUGCAGAGACACUACAGCGUACUGAGGGAGGAGACCCUUCAGCGCUGCAAGGAGGAUGAGGAGAAGAGGAAGGAGAUGACCAGCCACUUCCAGAUGAUGCUGACAGAAAUCCAGGCUCAGAUCGAGCAGCACAGCGCCCGAAACGACAAGCUAUGCCACGAAAACACCAACCUGACCGACAAACUGGAGAGCCUCAUGAACCAGUGCGAGCUGAGGGAGGAGAGCUUGGAGAAUAUCAACAAGCGCCGUGACCUGCAGCACAAACUGACUGAAGCCAAACUGCAGCAGGCCAACGUUCUGCUGACCGAAGCCGAGGAGAAACACCAGAGAGAGAAAGAAUACUUGCUUAGGGAGGCUAUUGACAAAACAAAGAAAUGCUUCGCUAUGAAGGAGCAGGAGCUGGCCAUGAAGAAGAAGCUGACCCUCUAUGCUCAGAAGUUUGACGAGUUUCAGGCAACACUGGCCAAAAGCAACGAAAUCUACGUCCGCUUUAAAAAGGAGAUGGACAAUAUGUCAGACAAGAUGAAGAAAAUGGAUAAAGAAUCAAAUCUGUGGAAGACAAGGUUUGAGAACUGCAACAAGGCUCUGAAUGACAUGAUUGAAGAGAGGACUGAGAAAAACAAAGAGUACGAGCUGUUCGUCCUGAAGAUUCAGAAGCUGGAGAGGUUGUGUCGUGCCCUGCAGGAGGAGAGAGUAGUCCUCUACAACAAGAUCAAGGAUGUCCGCCAGGCUAACUUGAACCUUCCAUCAAAGGUCCUUGUUGACAUCCCUGACACUGAGGAUGCUGAUAAAUCUCCCCUGCUGAACCCUGAGGAGCUGCAGGAGAUCCUGGAGGAGGACCCUGUCUUAACGGAGGACAUGAACCGUCUUAAGGAGCAGCAGGCUAAGCUGCAAGAGUUUGCUUCCUCCCUGUUUGCCACACCCAGCGACAAUGAGGAAGAGGUCAAUGAUGAAGUGGACCCUAAAGAAGACAUGGUGGCUUCUGCGUUUGACCACUUCAAAACCAAAACUCAGGUCAAAGAGGAGGCGGUUUCAGCCCCUGAGCAGGUGGAAAAAGUUAAAUCAGAGGCAGCAAAAUCGGUUCUCCCACAGCCAGAUAAAGUUGAGGAGGUUCCAAAGCCAGCAGUGUCGCCACCAGAAGCUCCAACACCCGUGGAGAACACUUCUGAAAUGAUACCAGCAGACGCAAAACCGCAGGUUGAGGAUAAAGAGGUGCAACCAGCUAAACCAGAUGAGGAGAUCCAACAGCAACCUUCUGAACCAGUACCAACAUCAGAGCCGGAGAAAGUCAAGAUCAAGCCACCAACAGACCCAAAACCAGAAGCAACAGAGGCAGAGGUCUUGGUUGAGGUCAAACCAGUGCUCCCAGUGGAAGACGAGGAGGUCCAGGCUGCCUCCUCCAAUGCCGACUCCUCUAAGAAGCAAACACCAAAGAAAAAGAAGAAGAGGAACGGAAAGAAUGCUAGCUAAAGUUUAAGAUGUGCAGAAGGUGUGUGUGUGGUGUUAUUUGAGAUAGUGCGUGUCUUCGUAGCAGAAAUCAUACAGUGCUUUAGCUCUUUUUGUAAAAGUUAAAAUCUUUCAUUUGUCCAAACUGGUGCAGCUGACAUGUUGUCACAGUCGCUAUCUCAAGAUAAGACAAAUAAACCGACUGUAUUUUACAGUUUGAAUGUCUAAAUUAACAUUUAGUUUGGUCUGAAAGAGGGAAUGAAACGUCUUCCUCAAGUGUAACAAAGUCUAUGAAAUAUUUAAUGUUAAAAAAAGGCAACGUUUUUGCCUUCAAAAUCAAAAUGUCAAAAAAAAUCCAUUGGUUGCAUCUAUGCUGGUAAAAUAUCAGUGUCUCCUUUAAAGUAUAAGUCACAAUGCAUUGCAGCAAGUCCAAUAAAGUGAUUUUUUGACGAUUUUACAA